UCUGACGUAUCGUGGACCGAUAACUUAACCUCAAAAUUUUCUGUAGUCAUUGACGCAGGCGCAGAUGCUGUUUUUUGAUUGAUAUAUAAGGCUGUGGCAGUACAAAGGAAACAUCUCAAGUAGUUUUUCUGGAGUCGCGGUGGCAGUGGUAUUUGAAAUAUGGCAGAGGUCAUUGAUUGUAAUUUUCCUGUUUGGGGUCUUUUACCUAAAAAAGAAACUGGUGUCACUCAAUUUCUUACCAAAUAUCCUGAAUAUGAUGGUCGAGGAGUCAUCAUUGCAAUUUUUGAUUCAGGAAUUGAUCCUGGAGCUCCUGGUAUGCAGGAAACUUCAGAUGGAAAACCAAAAAUUAUUGAAAGAUAUGACUGUAGUGGAGCUGGAGAUGUAGAUACUAGUAAAAUUGUACAGGCACCAGAUGGAUAUAUAAUUGGCAUAACUGGCCGUAAAUUAAAGGUUCCAUCUAAUUGGGUAAAUCCCAGUGGACAAUAUCAUAUUGGAAUAAAGAAUCUAUAUUCAUUAUAUCCAGGAAAACUAAGAGAAAGAGUAUUAGUAGAAAGAAAAAAACGUUUAUGGGAUAAUAAUCAUAAAUCUGCACUUGCAGAAGCAUCUAGACAAUUACAAGAAUUUGAAGCAAAGAAUCCACAAUUAACUACAUUAAAAGAAAGACUAGAAAAAGAGGAACUUGAAGCCAGAGUUGAAAUAUUAAAUAAUAUUGAGAAAAAAUAUUCGGAUGUAGGACCUACUUAUGACUGUGUUGUUUUUCAUGAUGGUGAAGUUUGGAGAGCAUGCAUUGAUACUUCUGAAGAAGGUAAUUUGGAAACUGGUGUCUUUCUAGGAGAAUACACUAUAACAAGACAGUAUGCACCACUUAUACCCGAAGAUCAAUUAAAUAUUAGUAUUAAUAUUCAUGAUGAUGGAAAUACAUUAGAAAUUGUUAGCUUAUGUUCAAGUCAUGGUACACACGUAGCUUCAAUUGCAGCUGCAUAUUUUCCUGAUAAUCCUGAAUUAAAUGGUGUAGCUCCUGGUGCUCAAAUUAUUUCAUUAAGUGUUGGAGAUGGUCGUAUUGGUACAAUGGAAACAGGAACUGCAGUAGUACGUGCAAUGAUACAUGUAAUGAAACACAAAGAGAAAAUACAUGUAAUAAAUAUGAGUUAUGGAGAACAUGCUCAUUGGUCCAAUACAGGAAGAAUAGGAGAAUUAAUGAAUGAAGUUAUCGAUAAAUAUGGUGUAACAUGGGUAGCAUCUGCUGGUAAUCUUGGGCCUGCUUUAUGUACUAUUGGCACACCACCAGAUAUUAGUUCUAAUAGUGUGAUUAGCGUUGGUGCUUACGUUUCUCCUGAUAUGAUGGUAGCUGAAUAUUCUUUAAGAGAAAAAAUGCCUGGUAUGUCGUAUACGUGGUCAUCUCGUGGUCCAAUGAUCGAUGGUGGAGCUGGAAUUACUGUAUGUGCUCCAGGAGGAGCUAUAACUAGUGUUCCCAAUUUUACUUUAAGAAAAAGUCAACUCAUGAAUGGUACAAGCAUGGCAGCUCCUCAUGUAACUGGAGCUAUUGCAAUACUUAUAUCAGGGCUUGUUGCUAAAGGUUGUUCUUAUUCUCCAUAUAGUAUAAAAAGAGCUCUUGAAAACACAGCUCAUUAUAUACAAAAUCUAGAUCCUUUUGCACAAGGUUCAGGAUUAUUACAAGUCGAACGUGCAUUCGAUAAUCUUAUUACUUACUGUGAUGUACCUGAAAGAGAUGUAAGAUUUACCAUUAACUGUGGUCCAAAUAAUGCUAAAGGAAUUCAUAUGAGAAGUAGCAUUAUUGAUCGACCAAAAGAUUAUGCUAUUACUGUUGAACCUGUAUUUCUUAAUAGCGAAAAUACUGAUCCAGCACUCAAAAUUGCUUUCAAUUUGAAAUUAACUUUGGUAUGUGAUGCAUCUUGGGUACAUUUUCCAACACAUCUUGAUUUAAUGAAUAUGGUUCGCGCAUUUGCGAUCAAAGUCGAUGGCUUCAAUUUACCCGAAGGUGUUCAUACAACUAAUGUCCGCGCUUAUGAUGUAACAGAUAUUGCAAAAGGUCCAGUGUUCCAAAUACCAGUAACUGUAGUGCAACCACAAACACUGCCAAAAACUGCGAUUCUUCCAGACUUAACUUACACAAAUAUUUUAUUUAAACCGAAUACAAUUUAUCGACAUUUUAUUCUCGUUCCUGAAGAUGCAACAUGGGCGGUGGUUAGAUUAAAGAGCACAGAAAAAGAUAAAACUGGAAGAUUUGUGAUUCAUAGCGUUCAACUGAAACCUCGACUCUCCUGUAAAACUCUCGAAGUUAAUAAAUUGUUUACUGUUACUUCUCAAUCAGAAAUUGUUCAUCCAUUUGCUGUUCAGGGCGGAUUAAUCUUAGAAUUAGUUAUUGCGAAAUAUUGGGCAAAUAUAGGUGACAUGUUAGUCGAUUAUGUCAUAGAAUUUCAUGGUGUUCGUAUGAUAAGUGGCAAUCUUACAAUGCAAUCUGGAGAUGGUAUAAAUCGUUUAGAAGUCCGAAGUUCUCUUAGAAAUGAAGAAGUAGUCCCUAGUAUUUGUCUCAAAUCAUCCGUACAAAUAUUGAAGCCCACUGAUUCAAAGAUUGCACCUUUACGAGAACGAGAUAUUAUUCCACCUUCGCGACAAAUUUAUGAAUUACAAUUAACAUAUACGUUCCAUUGUGCAAAGGCAACUGAAAUAACUCCAAAUGCAGCAUUACUUAGCGAUUUAUUAUAUGAAAGUGAAUAUGAAAGUCAAAUGUGGAUGAUAUAUGAUAGUAAUAAACAACUUAUUUGUUGUGGAGAUGCAUAUCCAUCAAAAUAUUCUAAUCAAAAAAUAGAAAAAGGCGAUUACACUUUGAAGAUACAUAUACGUCACGAAAAAAAAGAUUUACUUGAUAGAUUAACAGAAAUGCCAUUUCUUUUGAGUCAUAAACUAAGUAAUCCAAUUAAUUUAGAUGUUUAUGCCAGUCAAUCACAAGCUAUUAUUGGUGGCAAAAAAAUGAUAGCAGCUUCAGUUCCACCUGGUCAUAUUCUUCCUUUAUAUAUUGCUCCUAUAUCUAAUGAAAACAAAGUUUCCAGAGGUAUUACCUUAGGAAGUGGUAGCUAUUUACAGGGUACAUUGACUUUCUGCAAAGAUGAUAACGGAAAAAAAGUGGAUUGUCACACAUUUAAAUACAUUUUGUCUGAACCAAGCAAGAAAUCUAGUAGUAGCAGUAGCAGCAGUAGUAGCAGUAGCUCCUACAAUUCAUCAAACAAAGAAAAGCCUACUAAAUGGGAUGAAUAUAAUGAAGCACUUAGGGAUUUCAAAUGCAGUUGGCUUACAAAACUUGAACCUGGUGAAUAUGCAAAUCUACUAUAUGGAGAAUUGAAAAAUCUCUUCUCGGAUCAUUUACCUGUUCACACUGCCAUGCUGAUUUCCUUGGACUCUCCUGAAGCUCGGCGUCAUGUACCCCAUGAUGAUAUUUCAGAAGAAUCUGUUUCUCUGGCAAAUCAAAUAAUAAGUGUCGCAGAUGCUGUGAUUACUAAUAUUGAUCAAGAUAAACUCUUAGCUUAUUAUGGCUUGAAAAGCGAUCAACGUGAUGAUGCAACAAAGAUUAGGGCAACUAUGGAAAAACAAAAGUAGUUAAUAAAAGCAUUAGUGAAGAAAGGAUGUGCAUUAUCGCGAUUAUAUGUACACAGUGCAAAGAAAGGAGAGGGAGAUCGUCAAUCUUAUGAACAUUUAUUAGAUAGUGUAACACAUCACUGGCAAGAAGUACAAAAAUUUGCUGAACCAACUGAUAUUAAGGUCAUUUCUCUCUCAUUAUGGCAUGCCCAUAUUAAUAAUCAUUAUGGUCGCUAUUUAAAGUUAUUAUUACGUUAUUAUGAAGAACAUCCAUUAAAAGAAGUUGAUGAAAAAUGUAUAGAACUUGCAAAUAUCUUAGGAUGGGAACAUUUAUCACGUCAUAUUAAUACGAUUAGUGAAGCAUGUACUCUGAUUUGUCUUCUUGUUGCUCAACGAAUAUCUCAGACAGGAUUAUUAAUAUAUAAUAUAGAAAAAUCUCCUCAAUUUAUUGCUAUCAUAGCUGAAGCUAUGAUAGAAGGUAAUAACAUUCAUGCAUGGAUUGUUAAGAAAGGUUUGGUUUCUCAUCCGUAUCUUAGUACAGAAGAAGCAUUAAAACUUGGAGGCAGAAACUUAAAUCUAUUAAGAGAAUGGGUAACUUUUUUUGACUCUCACAGUCAUAGUACAAUUGUAAAUCCAAAUCGGGGAUUAGUUAUUGCACAGGUGGAAUCUGAUUCCCCAGAUAAAGAUAUUUAUCGUACAUUCUCCACACUGGAGGCUUUUGAAGAUUUUACUCCUAUGAAGGCUUCUCAAUUGAAGAUGAGAAUAGAGGAAAUGUUGCGUAUUAAAGUUUCUGUAAAUAACGAACUUAGGGAUCUGAGUGCAAAGAGGCAAAGACUUCAAGUUGAAGUUAGUAGUUUAACUCAAAAAAUUGAUGAAUUAAAACAGGAAUUAUUGCAUCAACAAACUGAUCUUGAUAGAUUAAAGAUCAGUGUUGAACAAGCACAAGUAGCUCAAAGAGAAGCAGUGGAAAGAAAUACACCAGAAUUAGCACCACCUAAACGUAUAUUAAUGGAUUCUGUUCCUGUAGUAUUACCUAAUACUGUACCACAUUCAUGUAGAAUGUAUAAUUGUUUUGAUCACAGUCGAUGUGCAUUAACUAGUGGUUUUCCAGUAUAUUUGUAUGAUCCUGAUCAGUAUUCUGUAGUAAAUUCUGGAUGGGAUGUUGAUGGGUUUUUAAAAACUACUAUAAAACAAACGUUAGGAUACAAUCCACAUCUCACUACAAAUGCAGCUGAAGCUUGUAUAUAUAUAGUACUCAUAGGGGAAGCUCUUUCUAUUCAACAAAAAGUAGAUAAAAAAUUUCAUAAACCUAUAGAUGUAAAAAAAUUACAUGCACUCCCAUAUUGGGGUGGAGAUGGCAGAAAUCAUAUUUUAUUAAAUUUAGCGCGUAGAGAUUUAUCUGUAGAAUCUGGUGAUAUUUUUAGUGGAAUAGAUACAGGAAGAGCUAUAAUAGUACAAUCCACAUUCUUUAGAAAUCAAUUUCGCGAGGGAUUUGAUUUAGUUGUCCCGCCAAUUUUAGGACCCCCAGGUGGUGAUGUCUGGCAAGAAUGUGCACAGAUGUUGCCAGCAAGAAGAAAAUAUUUAUUAUCUUUUCAAGGAGAAAUGAGAUCUCCAAAAAUUACUACCAUGACACAUCAAAUUGAUGAUACAGAUAUAGAUAUAGAAAAAUUAACAAUUGAUGAGAAUAAUUUGGAUGCUUUUAUUAUACAACAUCUUAAAGAUAUGAGUACAGGAUUAACUUUGGAUAAAUUUUUUAUUCAAUUUGAAUGUAUACCAGCCUCUGAGGAGAAAAAUGUAGUAGAAAUACUUGACUGGUCUUUAUGUGGAACAGAUUCUUCAAGAAAAGCUAUAUUGAAAGAAUCAACAUUUGUUUUAAUUUUAGCUCCUAGUAAUACAUCAUUUGUAACCACUUCAUCUAUGCAGGCUAGGUUGUAUGAAGCAUUACGGUCGGGUUCUAUCCCAGUUUUUUUAGGUGGUGAUCAAAUUUUAUUAAGUUAUAGUGAAGUUAUCAGUUGGAGACGAGCAGCUAUCUUUUUGCCAAAGGCCAGGGUAACAGAAAUGCAUUUCCUAUUACGUGCGGUUCUCGACACUGAUCUUUUAAAUAUGCGUAGACAAGGUAGAUUAAUAUGGGAACGUUAUUUAAGUACUGCUCAAGGUGCGGUAGAUACUAUUGUAGCUGUAAUUAGAGAUCGACUUGGUAUACCACCUUUGCCAGCACCUCAAACUGCCAGUCCAAGUGUCUUUAAUGAAAGCUUUGUGCCUUUAAAAUCUGAUACUAUUAUCGCUGAACCAGAAGCAGAAGAAAGUUUAGGACCUCUGGAACCACCUUAUCCAUCUCCUGCAUUUAAAAGAAAUUAUACUACAAUGUUACUUCAAGGUCAUGAAAUCUGGAAUGAUUGGGUGGAUCCAUUUUAUUUAUAUCCGCAAUUACCUUUUGAUACCGUCCUUCCUAGCGAUGCAAAAUUUCUUGGUUCUGAAAUGGGAUUCAGGCCGAUUGGUAAAGGUGCUGGAGGUGCGGGUAAGGAAUUUAGCGAAGCUCUAGGCGGAAAUUAUCCCAGAGAACAAUUUACAAUUGUGAUGUUGACAUAUGAACGAGAACAAGUUCUUAUAAAUUCUUUGGCUCGAUUAUAUGGAUUACCAUAUUUAAAUAAAGUUCUAGUAGUAUGGAAUAGUCCAAAACCACCUAUGGAAGAUUUAAAAUGGCCUGACAUUGGAGUACCAAUUCAUGUAAUCAAGGCUCCAAGGAACAGUUUAAAUAAUAGAUUUCUACCAUUUGAUGCUAUCGAAACGGAAGCUGUUCUUUCAGUAGACGACGAUGCUCAUUUACGACAUGACGAAAUUAUGUUCGGAUUCAGAGUAUGGAGAGAACAUCGAGAUCGUGUUGUUGGAUUUCCCGGCCGCUUUCAUGCAUGGGACCAGAAUUACCACAAUGCUUGGAAUUACAAUUCUAAUUAUUCGUGCGAAUUAUCAAUGGUUUUGACUGGUGCUGCAUUUAUUCAUAAACACUAUACAUAUCUAUAUACGCAUUGGUUACCACAAGCAAUCCGGGACAAAGUUGACGAAUAUAUGAAUUGCGAAGAUAUUGCUAUGAAUUUUCUGAUAUCUCAUCUUACUAGAAAACCACCUGUUAAAGUCACAUCUCGAUGGACUUUUAGAUGUCCUGGUUGUCCUGUUUCUCUUUCGGAAGAUGAUACGCAUUUUCAAGAAAGGCACAAAUGCAUCAAUUUCUUCUCUCAGGUUUUUGGAUACAUGCCUCUUUUAAAUACUCAAUAUCGAGCCGACUCGAUAUUGUUUAAAACGAGAAUUCCACAUGAUAAACAGAAAUGUUUUAAAUUUAUAUAAAAGGAAAAGAAAUGGAAAUAUUAAUAUGCAAAUAAUAUUAAUAUCAAGUAAAUAUUACUUGAUAGAAUUUACAUGAUUUUGAUAACAUUUUAACUGAAUUUCCUAUAAAGUAUAUUAAUAUGUGAAACAAAUAUGAUAGAAUUUUUAUUGUCUUUACUUUUUUAUUGUAUAUGUUUUUUUUUUUAUCAAUGUACAUGAUUGAGUAAAAUGCACAUUCGAAAUUUAUAGUGAAAUUUAAUGAUGAAAGAUUGUCGAUUGUAUACAUAUAUUAUAGAGAAUAUAGUACGAACUCUUUUUACGUCGUUGUAUACAUAACAUAUAUCGUACCGAUUUUAACGAUUUCCAUGAAGCGUAAUAAAUUAAUUUACAAAA